CGUAAAUAUGGCGGACGUGACGUCAUCAGCCGCCUUCAUCCGGGGACCGAGACCCUGGACCUUCCCUCCUCCCAGUGCCCUUCCAUUAGUAUUUAGUGUUAUUUCCUAUAUUUUCCAGCUGUUUUCAUGCAUAGAGAAGAAUAGAAAGAGGAGGAAAGAAGGAGAAAUGAAGAAGGAGGAGGAAGAAGAGGGAAGGGAAGGAGGAAGAGGAGAAGGAAAAGAAGAAAUAUUAAGAAAAGAUUUUCACUGAAUUUCCAGCGUUUUAAAGAGGAGGAAGGGGAAGAGAGGAGGAUGAGGGUGAGGAAGACGAGGAAGAGGAAGAGGAUUAAAUUUCUUUCAUCUUUCUUAGACAGUCCUCAGGAUGUCAACAUUGUAUAAUGGUACAGUGUUGAGACAGGGACGAUCGCGUUAUAAUUCACUAAUUGAGGUUACUUUUGAUAAAUAAACAACUAGUACGGAGUCUUUUAAGUAUUUUACAUUAUCUUAUACCGGAAAAUAUUAAGGAAAAGUGGCGUAAAUAAGAAAAAAAAGGCAAAGAUUAGAGAUGUGGGAUUUUAUAACUUGUGGUAUCUUAAAAUACUAGUAUAAGAUAAACCCUAUGCAAAACGAAUAAUAUAACCUUUAUUAAUCAUCAUAACCUAGAAAACCGAUAAAUAUAUAUAUAAAAACCAGUGUAAUUAGUAAAAAACAAAAAAACUGUCCCUUGGAAGUGAGACGGCCCACAGAGUCGCGCCAAAAACGUGGAUCUACAGGCCAGGCAUCUUAUGUUUAACCAGGUGUACAAGGUGCUGGCUUUCAAGGGCUCCUCCACACCUACAGACACACGCACACACCACCAGAUACAGGAAGAAUUAAUUGAUGAGCUACAGAACUACACCAUCGUUCAGGUGGCAGCCGGAGACCAGCACUCUCUUGCUCUCACCUCCUGGGGCCUGAUCUACGCACGGGGUGACAAUGGGUACGGUGAGCUUGGCGUCAACUCCUGCGACAGUCACACCGCCACACGCAAGCUUGUCAAGAGUCUGGCCAGGAAGGUGACAGUGCAGCUGGCCUGUGGCGCCAACCACACCCUUGCCUUGACUGCUGAUGGUGACAAAAUACCUUCGGCCAGUUGGCACUUAGACACUGACAGGGGCCCCAGAAGGACCCUGCCCUGGUGACCUCCUUGGCUGGCACCCUCUUAGUCCUGCUGGCCGCUGCGGGUCACCACUCUGCUGCCGUGACCCAGGCCGGCUACCUGCUGUUGUGGGGGUCAAACAAGCAGGGUCAACUGGGCUAUACUCCCAAGGGUGAUCCUCUUGUUAGUGACACCCCAGCGUUGGUGCCGAAUUUGGCCUCUUAUUCUGAACCAAUUGGGUAUGUGGCACUUGGAGAGAGCCACACAGCGGCACUCGACUCUUUAGGGAAGUCUUUCAGCGUGUCAUGCCCGCUCAGUUCACUUCACCAGUAGCAGCGGUGGUGAGAGGUCAAGGUGCAGGUCUUGUGGCUUGACGCAGCUCUUGAAGGAAUUAAAUGGCUCCUCCUUGGCCAAUCAGCACCGAGGCAGAGUUGAUUGAUAUACAGGUGUGAAUUCAGCUGCCUCCUCGCUGUUCCCGUUGCCAGGAUACCAUGUGAUCGAGGCAGUGUUGGGGAAGGUGAAAUUAUGCAUCAGGUGUGACGUGUGCUGCUUCACUCCAUCCCAUGAACAGUUGCCCACAGGAAUCUCUACCACAUCAGGCCUGACAUACUUCAUUGUGAUCAGGGAGUCGAGUUUCAUCAGGAAGAGAGGCUGUGUCACUACCUGUAAGCCUGACGAGGUGUUUAAUCAGGAAGAGGGGCCGAGUCUUGCUACCUGUAAGCCUGACAAGAGGAGUCAAGGAAUUUUUCAUUGCAAUCAAGGAAGAGUCAAGUUGUAAGAAGAUUGUAAGGCAAGAAUUUUAAGCAGGAAUAAUUGUCAAGCAGUUAACAGCAGGAAGAAUGCAGCGAGAAAAGGGUACAAGAGUUUUCAAGUAAGAAGAUUGUAAGGCAAGAAUUUUAAGCAGGAAAAAGUAAGGUAAGAAUUUUAAGGAAUAAUUGUCAAGCAGUUAACAGCAGGAAGAAUGCAGCGAGAAAAGGGUACAAGAGUUUUCAAGUAAGAAGAUUGUAAGGCAAGAAUUUUGAGCAGGAAGGAUAUUGUUAAGCAGUUUAGCAGCAGGAAGAGUCCCUUCAAGCUGUUGGUGGGAGUGACAAGCAUCCUUCAGGACUUGCAAAGGCUGAAGUCCUCAACACUAGUCUCACUCAAGUUGACACAGGAGCUCUCUGACACAAGGAAAACAAAUCAUUUAUCCUAUUGUGUAUUUAUUAAACUUUUGUGAUUAAACAAUAAUGAUUAAACAA